GAUUGACUGUGCAGCACUGAUAACAACCCGGUACCGGUCUGCCACCGUUAACCGCUUCGGUGAAAUGGAUUUUAAACGGCGUGUACGGAACGGGAACCCACCCGGACCGUGAUUGUAGGAGCGCUAUAAAACGGCGCGUGGGGAUCCUUUUUUUUUUUUUUUUCCUCCUUCCUUCCAGCCCGCACGUAGUCCUCAGCGGCGCGUGCCACCUCGCAGCUACCGCCGGACUAUAAAAGCUGACCGCUCCGUUCCACAGUUCCUGUGUGUGCGCGCGCGCUCGCCUGUGUGUGUGUGUGCGGAUGUGUGUGUGCAGUUAGCGCGUGGACCAACCGCCGGCAGAACCAAUAAACAGCAGGCGCAGGCCAGCGCGAGCCAGGAGACGGCAGGCAGCUCGCGGGCGCUCAGCUCAGCUCAGCUAGCAGCGGCGGCCGAACGGUUGAUUCCUCCGAACCAGAGAUGGUCGCGUCCGCACCGGGGAUCCUUCUGCUGCUAAUGUGGCUUCAGCACUGCGGUACCGUUCAAGGUACGAAGACUGAAUGUGAAGCCAAUCAGUUCCAGUGUGGAAACGGCCGCUGCAUCCCGUCCGUGUGGCAGUGUGACGGAGACGAGGACUGCACGGACGGCAGCGACGAGAGCUCGUGUGUUAAAAAGACGUGUGCCGAGGUGGACUUUGUGUGCCGCAGUGGUCAGUGCGUGCCGAAGCGAUGGCACUGCGACGGGGAACCAGACUGUGAGGACGGCUCAGACGAGAGCGUGGAAAUCUGCCACAUGAGGACGUGCCGUGUGAACGAGUUCAGCUGCGGACCAGGAACCACGCAGUGCAUCCCCGUCUUCUGGAAAUGUGACGGCGAGAAGGACUGCGACAAAGGAGAGGACGAAGUCAACUGUGGUAACGUCACCUGUGCCCUGAACGAGUUCACCUGUGCCAGCGGCCGCUGCAUCUCCAGGAACUUCGUUUGCAACGGCGAGGACGACUGCGGCGACGGGUCUGACGAGGUGGACUGCGCGCCGUCCUCCUGCGCUCCCAGCGAGUUCCAGUGCGGGAACUCGUCCUGCAUCCCGGCCAGCUGGGUGUGCGACGACGACGUGGACUGCCAGGACCAGUCAGAUGAGGCUCCGUCUCAUUGUGGCCGCCACCCGACGCCGCCGGCCAAGUGCUCGCCCAGUGAGAUGCAGUGCAGCUCUGGAGAAUGCAUUCACAAGAAGUGGAGAUGCGACGGUGACCCCGACUGCAAAGACGGCAGCGACGAGGCAAACUGUCCUGUGCGUAGUUGUGGGCCGGAUCAGUUCAAAUGCGACGAUGGAAGCUGCAUCCUGGGAAGCAGACAGUGUAACGGCCUCAGAGACUGCGCCGACGGGUCGGACGAGUUGAACUGCAAAAACUUGACUCAGUGUAACGGGCCAGAGAAGUUCAAGUGUCGAAGCGGGGAGUGCAUCGAAAUGAGCAAAGUGUGCAACAAGAACAGAGACUGUCCAGAUUGGAGCGACGAGCCAAUCAAGGAGUGCAACCUAAACGAGUGUCUCCUGAACAACGGCGGCUGCUCGCACAUCUGCAAAGACAUGGUGAUCGGCUUCGAAUGCGACUGCACACCUGGACUCCAGCUCAUUGACCACAAGACAUGCGGAGACAUCAACGAGUGUAUGAACCCUGGCAUUUGCAGUCAGAUCUGCAUCAACCUGAAGGGAGGCUACAAGUGUGAAUGCCACAAUGGCUACCAGAUGGACCCGGCUACCGGCGUCUGCAAGGCUGUGGGUAAGGAGCCGUGUCUGAUCUUCACUAACCGGCGUGAUAUUCGUCGUCUGGGUCUGGAGAGGAAGGAGUACACUCAGAUUGUGGAGCAGCAGAGAAACGCUGUGGCUCUGGAUGCAGACUUCAACCAGCAGACCAUCUUCUGGGCCGACCUGGGUCAAAGGGCAAUAUACAGCACCUUCCUAGAUAAGCGAGGGGACUUUGGCAUCCACAGGAAAGUGAUCGACAACGUCCAAACUCCUCUGGGAAUUGCAGUGGACUGGAUCUAUAAGAACCUGUACUGGUCUGAUUUGGGCACCAAAACCAUUUCUGUGGCAAACUUCAACGGAACCAGGAGGAAAGUUCUGUUCAACAGAGACCUGAAAGAACCCGCAUCCAUCGCUGUAGAUCCUUUAUCUGGGUUUCUGUACUGGUCUGACUGGGGAGAGCCAGCUAAGAUUGAAAAGUCUGGUAUGAACGGAGCAGACCGACAAGUUCUGGUGGCAACAGACAUCCAGUGGCCCAACGGGAUCACUCUGGAUCUGAUCAAAGGUCGGCUGUACUGGGUCGACUCAAAGCUGCACAUGCUCUGUAGUGUCGACCUGAACGGAGAAAACAGGAACAAGGUUCUGCAGUCUGCAGACUACCUGGCUCAUCCCUUCGCUCUCACGGUCUUUGAGGAUCGAGUCUUCUGGACCGACGGUGAAAACAAAGCAAUCUACGGCGCCAACAAGUUCUCUGGUUCUGACGUGACGACGCUUGCCAGUAAUCUGAAUGACCCUCAGGAUGUCAUCGUGUACCAUGAGCUGAUCCAGCUGUCUGGAACCAAUUGGUGCACAGAGAAAGGUGAAAACGGAGGCUGCAGCUACUUGUGCCUACCUGCUCCCCAGAUCAACAAACACUCCCCCAAAUACACCUGCGUGUGUCCUGAGGGCCAGGAGCUGGCUGCUGACGGCCAGCGCUGCAGACCUGACGCUUCCUCAGAGGAUGUUAGGAAAGCUCUAAUAGAGCCACCCAAAGAAGCAAACGUGAGCACGUCUAUCCAGGUGGACUCCACGGCCAGAGGCUCUGCUGCUGCCUGGGCCAUCCUACCAGUCUUGCUGCUGGCCAUGGCCGGAGCAGGCGCCUACCUGAUGUGGAGGAACUGGCAGCUGAAGAACCAGAAGAGCAUGAACUUCGACAACCCCGUCUACUUGAAAACCACAGAAGAAGACCUCAACAUCGAUAUUACCCGGCACGGCGCCAACGUGGGCCACACCUACCCAGCAAUUUCAAUAGUGAGCACAGAAGAUGAUUUAUCCUGAUUGUGUUCAGGACUUUGUUUGUUCUCCUCGCGGGAACCCGCUUCGUCACGCGGCGCCUCCUUACAGUUUCAACCACAUGCCUUCAGAAGUGCAUUAAGUCCUGAUCUGUGGUGAAGAGGAAAUGUUAUUUAUUGUGAAUACUUCCACGAGUUUUCCAUGUCCACUCCAAAGCGGUUUUGUUUUUGUUUGUUUUGUUAUUUCUUUACUGGAGUCUGACCUCGUCUCUGGCUUCUCGUGUGGCUUUCUGUCUUCAGACUGGACGUCUUUUAUCAAACCGUUUCCUGGAUAUGAAUUUAAACCGGGAUCAACGUUCUCAGGUCUUAACGGGGAACACGUUUAGAGACUAUUUAAAGGGCGGGUAUUUAAUUUUUGACUCUUAACGGGUUUGGAUGUUAAUAUUUCUGCUCAUAUUUUGAAGGCUAAUAUUGGGGUUUCCUCUGUUAAUCACUCCCUUCUUGCACAUUAUUAUUAUUAUUAUUAUUAUUAUUAUUAUUAUUAUUAUUAUUGAGAUUGCCAUAGUUACAGCAUUUGUAAACUGUGUAAAUAUGUUUCCUCCCUCAGAGACGUGACUGUAAAUCAGGACUCUCUUAAUGCACUUUGUUUAAUGUUCUCGCUGUAAAUAAGAUUGUAUACACUGACUUGAAUCCAUCUUUUUUUGCCAUGACUUGGUACCUCGCCAGAGUUCACAUGUAUUUAAGAGCGGAGGAGGACAAAAAAAAAGCAAAUGAAUUUGGUAAAAACGACUAUUUUGUAUCUUUGUGUGCUGUUGCUGUGAACUUUUUUAUAGCCUUGUACAGUGAAGGAGAACACUAUGGAAAAUGAAGCUCUGUAUAUCUGUGAAGGAUCUCAUUCGCAAAGUAAUUUUCAAUUAAAACUAAAUCAGUGUUGUUCAAAACAA